CUCGCUGUCUCAGAAUGGCAGCGCCGGCCUUUUUUUCUCUCAGUUGAGACUCAGUUUGUUUCCUGUACAGCCGUCAAACGCUCUGUAGCAUCAACAACAUGGCUAUACGCAGAAAAGACAGCUUCCUCUGGGGGAAAGCUCCACCGAAGCUCCCACCAGGAGAGCGAAGGCCGAGUGAAACAAUCAAGAUUCACAAGUUUGAGCUGCUGGAUGACAUUCAGAAGCUGAGGUUGGAGAUCAAUCACGUCAUGCCUGAAAUCCACAGCCCUGAAAUGAAGGAGCAGAAUAAGAAUGUUGUGAGGAACAGAAGAUUCUUACGUGGGAAAAAGAAAUUCAACAUGGACCCCAAAAAAGGUGUCCAUUACCUGGUUGAAAAUGACCUGCUGGAAUGGCGAGCGGAGUCAGUUGCCGAGUUUCUUUAUAAAGAAGAGGGACUGAACAAAACCGCCAUUGGCAACUUCUUGGGAGAAAGGGAGGAGAUGCACCUGCAGAUACUGAAAGCCUUUGUUGGUCUGCAUGAAUUCUCAGAUCUGAAUCUGGUGCAGGCGCUGAGGCAGUUUCUAUGGAGCUUUCGUCUCCCGGGAGAAGCUCAAAAGAUUGACAGGAUGAUGGAGGCGUUUGCAACUCGCUACUGUGACUGUAACCCAGGGGUCUUCCAAUCCACAGACACAUGCUACAUCCUGUCUUUUGCCAUCAUCAUGCUCAACACAAGUCUCCACAACCCCAACGUGAAAGACAAACCCAAUCUGCAGCGAUUCGUUACCAUGAACAGAGGAAUCAACAACGGGGAGGACCUGCCCACCGAGCUGCUAACGAAACUGUACGCGAGCAUCCGUAGCGAGCCGUUCAAAAUCCCAGAGGAUGAUGGGAACGACCUCACACUGACGUUUUUUAAUCCAGACAGAGAAGGCUGGCUCCUUAAAAUGGGUGGCCGAGUUAAAACCUGGAAGAGGAGAUGGUUUAUUUUGACAGACAGCUGCUUGUACUACUUUGAAUACACCACAGAUAAAGACCCAAUCGGGAUUAUUCCUCUGGAGAACCUGUGUGUCAGGAAGCUAGAAGACACAAGCAAAACGUAUUGUCUGGAGUUAUAUAAUCCCAAAGGACAAAAGAUCAAGGCCUGCAAGACGGAGAACAAAGGCAGAGUGGUGCAGGGUAAACACCAGUCCUAUAAGCUCAGUGCAGCCAGUGCAGAAGAACGGGACAACUGGAUAGAGGCGAUCAGGGCGAGCAUCACCAAGGACCCUUUUUAUGAUCUGGUGUCUCUACGAAAGAGGAAGGUCAUUAGCAACACUUCCUCAUAGGACUGGAACACAAGAUGUCAGAGCAAACUACAUCUGAUCCUGGACAGUUUUUUUAUGGAUGAAUCAUGUGAUUUUAUGACAGUAAUUUUAAAGAAAACAAAACUU